ACGUGACGCGGCCGCGGACCUCAAGCUGCCGGGCCUAAACCGAGCUAAAAUCUUGCGGGUGGCCCCUGCGGGCACAACCAAAGGCGUGAAGGAGCUUUGUGGAGUCGAUGCUUCCUCAACAACUUCAGGUCGGCCCCUGUUACCUUUUCAUCAUUCGCCGCUCUCGUCUCCCUGAGCAUUUGUUUGAGCUCUUUCGUUUGGAGAAGCUACGGUGACCAUGUAGGGGAAAAGAGUGAGGAAGCGCCCGGUGGCUGGGACGAGGUCAGCGCGUUGUCGGCACGCCGCUCCCACACCUACCACACCCUUGGUGCGGACCCAGCGGCCCGUUGGCCCCGGUGCAAACUCCGGCCUCCCGUUGUGGCCUGGUCCAGAGCGCCACGAAAUCUCGCGCCGCCUCGCGAGAGUCUAAGUUGAAGGAACAUGGCGACGUCUAAUCUGUUAAAGAAUAAAGGUUCUCUUCAGUUUGAAGACAAAUGGGAUUUCAUGCGUCCUAUUGUUUUGAAGCUUUUACGUCAGGAAUCUGUUACAAAACAGCAGUGGUUUGAUCUGUUUUCGGAUGUGCAUGCAGUAUGUCUCUGGGAUGAUAAAGGCCCAGCCAAAAUUCAUCAGGCUUUAAAAGAAGACAUUCUUGAGUUUAUUAAGCAAGCUCAGGCAAGAGUACUGAGCCAUCAGGAUGAUACAGCUUUGCUGAAAGCAUAUAUUGUUGAGUGGCGAAAAUUCUUUACACAAUGUGAUAUUUUACCAAAACCUUUCUGUCAACUAGAGAUUACUUUAAUGGGAAAACAAGGCAGCAAUAAAAAAUCAAAUGUGGAAGACAGUAUUGUUCGAAAGCUCAUGCUUGAUACAUGGAAUGAGUCCAUAUUUUCAAAUAUUAAAAACAGACUCCAAGAUAGUGCAAUGAAGUUGGUACAUGCUGAAAGAUUAGGAGAAGCUUUUGAUUCUCAGCUGGUCAUUGGAGUAAGAGAAUCCUAUGUUAACCUUUGUUCUAAUCCUGAGGAUAAGCUUCAAAUUUAUAGGGACAAUUUUGAGAAGGCAUACUUGGAUUCCACAGAGAGAUUUUAUAGAACACAGGCACCCUCUUAUUUACAACAAAAUGGUGUACAGAACUAUAUGAAAUAUGCAGAUGCUAAAUUAAAAGAGGAAGAAAAACGAGCACUACGUUAUUUAGAAACAAGACGAGAAUGUAAUUCUGUUGAAGCACUCAUGGAAUGCUGUGUAAAUGCCCUGGUGACAUCCUUUAAAGAGACUAUUUUAGCAGAAUGCCAAGGCAUGAUCAAGAGAAAUGAAACUGAAAAAUUACAUUUAAUGUUUUCAUUGAUGGACAAAGUUCCUAAUGGGAUAGAACCAAUGUUGAAAGACUUGGAAGAACAUAUUAUUAGUGCUGGCCUGGCAGAUAUGGUAGCAGCUGCUGAAACUAUUACUACUGACUCAGAGAAAUAUGUUGAGCAAUUACUUACAUUGUUUAAUCGAUUUAGUAAACUGGUCAAAGAAGCUUUUCAAGAUGAUCCACGAUUUCUUACUGCAAGAGAUAAGGCCUAUAAGGCAGUUGUUAAUGAUGCUACUAUAUUUAAACUUGAAUUACCUUUGAAGCAGAAAGGGGUGGGAUUGAAAACACAGCCGGAAUCAAAAUGCCCCGAGCUGCUUGCCAAUUACUGUGACAUGUUGCUAAGAAAAACACCGUUAAGCAAAAAACUAACCUCUGAAGAAAUUGAAGCAAAACUUAAAGAAGUGCUCUUGGUGCUUAAAUACGUACAAAACAAAGACGUUUUUAUGAGGUAUCACAAAGCUCAUUUGACACGACGUCUUAUAUUAGACAUCUCUGCUGAUAGUGAAAUUGAAGAGAAUAUGGUAGAGUGGCUAAGAGAAGUUGGUAUGCCAGCAGAUUAUGUAAACAAGCUUGCUAGAAUGUUUCAGGACAUAAAAGUAUCUGAAGAUUUAAACCAAGCUUUUAAGGAAAUGCACAAAAACAAUAAAUUGGCCUUACCAGCUGACUCAGUGAAUAUAAAAAUUCUGAAUGCUGGUGCCUGGUCAAGAAGCUCUGAGAAAGUAUUUGUCUCACUGCCCACUGAACUGGAGGACCUGAUACCUGAAGUAGAAGAAUUCUACAAAAAAAAUCAUAGUGGUAGAAAAUUACAUUGGCAUCAUCUCAUGUCAAAUGGAAUUAUAACAUUUAAGAAUGAAGUAGGUCAAUAUGAUUUGGAGGUAACGACGUUUCAACUGGCUGUGUUGUUUGCAUGGAACCAAAGACCCAGAGAGAAAAUCAGCUUUGAAAAUCUAAAACUUGCAACUGAACUCCCUGAUGCUGAGCUUAGAAGGACUUUAUGGUCUUUAGUAGCUUUCCCAAAGCUAAAACGGCAAGUUUUAUUGUAUGAGCCUCAAGUCAACUCACCCAAAGACUUUACAGAAGGUACCCUCUUCUCCGUGAACCAGGAGUUCAGUUUAAUAAAAAAUGCAAAAGUCCAAAAAAGGGGUAAAAUAAACUUGAUUGGACGCUUGCAGCUCACUACAGAAAGGAUGAGAGAAGAAGAGAAUGAAGGAAUAGUUCAACUAAGAAUAUUAAGAACCCAGGAAGCUAUCAUACAAAUAAUGAAAAUGAGAAAGAAAAUUAGUAAUGCUCAACUGCAGACUGAAUUAGUAGAAAUUUUGAAAAACAUGUUCUUGCCACAAAAGAAAAUGAUAAAAGAACAAAUAGAAUGGCUAAUAGAGCACAAAUAUAUCAGAAGAGAUGAAUCCGAUAUCAAUACUUUCAUAUAUAUGGCAUAAUUUCUAAUAUCACGGACAAUAUUAAGAACCCAAAUUUUGGAGUGCUUAGGCAGAAAGUGCUAACAGUUUGUGCUGGAGAAAGGUUUAUUUGGACUUCGAUUACAUAAAUAUUAAAAUCUCUGCCUUAUCUUACAAAACAACUCUAUUUUGCCAAUCACAUUAGUUAGCAUGAUGGCAUUCCCUUCAUGUUGCACACUCUUUAACAGCAUGCUGUUUUGUGGAGAAACUUGCAUUCAUGAAGAGCCCAUUAUGAAUUUUUAAAAGUAAAUUUGAUUUCUACCCACCAGGAGAAAUAAAGUUGGGAAGGGGGAGGGUGGGAUUCUUGUUUCUUUUUUCUCUCUUUAAAAAAAAAAAAAUACUUGCACAAGGAAGGAUCUUCAGAUAUCCAUGCACUGAAAAAUGCUGUUUUGUUUUUUUAAAAUGCAAUUAGAAAUAAAAAUAGCACUCUUGGUUUCUUUUGCUCAAAAGAGUGAGCUGGUCUACAUGUAACAUUGGGAGAGGGCAUAUAUAGGUGAGAAGAUAAGCAUU